AUGGGACGGUUCAGCUCGAUCGCCAAGUCGGUCAAGGCGACCAACUCCUUCAAGCGCUCCAGCAAGGCCGAUUCGGCCGCCUCCUCCGCCGCCGACGUCGAGUCCAACCGGCUCGAGGAGACUGUUGUGGAGCCGGCACACCCCGCCCCGCGCCUCGGCGCCGACGAGGAGGCGAAGCGGCUCUCGAGCGAGAAUGCGCAGCUCGCGGGCGAGAACACGGCGCUGCGCUCCGAGGUCAACCUGCUCAAGCUCAAGGUGGAGCUGCUUGUUGACAUGGUGACGCUGGCCAACCUCGACUGCGACAAGCUGAGCGAGGAGCUUGAGCAGAAGGAGCUGGAGCUGGAGCAGAGGGACCCCCAGCAGCUCGUUGGCAAGGGCUGA